AUGGAUCCUGCAGCGCUGCAUGCGGCCGUUUGCCGCGCCGAUGCGGACGAUCCACGGCUGCUCGGCCGGCGCAGCGCCGGCGAUGCGAAAGUCCAAGAGAAGAGUCGAGCGGAGGAGCCGUUGCUGCGUCCGGGGAGAGCGAAAGUCUUGCAGGAGGUACGAGCUGCCAAAUGCAAAGAGUCAGAGAUUCGCGGGCUCCUACGAGAGGGCAUGUUCGUGACCAUCCACGAGGUGUGCAGCAAGUCAGCGCACGUGGAAUAUGGACUCACCGGGCUGUCCGGCUGGGUCACCUUGAGGAAGAACUCCGAAGCGGUGCUGAAGGAGGAUCCCUGGGCUCGCCGACCUCCAGUGAAGAAGGUGCCCAAAGCAUCAGAGCCAGCACCGGAACCCAGGGA